GAGAGGAUAGCAACAGUUGCCUUGAGACCCCCGGCGCCAUAGUGACUGUAGCCGUGGAGACUGUUACUUGCCAACCAGGGACACACGAUCAGCAGUGGCCGGAGGAGCAACCCGGGGACCGCGGGGCCACAAGUUUCACUCCAUCAACCGCACAGGGAUCCGUACCCAGGUCCUGUUCAGCGCAGAGGAGACACAAGGAGAUGCCGGCUUCGCGAUCAAGUGGACUAUUGAUUGGAUCGGAUCGGAGCCUCUCUUCUAUUGAUUGGUGGGGGGUCCUGGAGACCAGAACCCUGCCAUCUUGUUACAGGGUGGCCUAGCUAUGCACCCUCACAUUAGAAGAUAAGACCUCAGACAUUAUUUUGAGGCUUCAGCUGACACUUGUUUGAGUCAGUAUUUCGUCCAGCCUUCUGAGCAACAGUAGACAUUUCUGAAUUUGUGACUUUGAGAAACAUGCAAAGUUCAGACAGUGGCUCAGAUUCUGCGACCUCGGUUGCGCUACGAACCUCAGCAUCUGCUCAAGCACCAGUGGUUCAGCCAGUUCCAGCUUCUCCACAGAGGAGUUUGGCUCAUUCGUCUAGCUCUGCUCUCAAAGGGGCACAUGGGCAGGGUGUUUCUGUGCCUAGAGCUCACCAGAUACAUCAGCAGGUCCAGACUGUGCAACAUGUUUACCCUGCACAAGUGCAGUAUGUGGAAGGAGAUGCUGUGUACACCAAUGGAGCCAUCCGAGCAGCUUAUUCCUACAAUGCUGAAGCCCAGAUAUAUGCUCCAAGUAGCGGUGCCUCUUAUUUCGACUCUCAGGGCGGAGGUGCCCAAGUGACCACUGUGGUCUCCUCUCCCACGGCAGUACCCUCCCACAGUAUGGUGGGCAUCACCAUGGAUGGGAGCCAAAUCAUCUCUAGCUCUGGAGCAUACCUGAUCCAUGGUGGACUGGACAAUUCACGCCAUAGUUUAUCUCACACUUCUCGUUCCUCGCCUGCAACGCUUGAAAUGGCGAUUGAAAAUCUCCAAAAAAAUGAAGGCAUCACCUCUCACAAAAGCAGCUUGCUCAACAGCCAUCUGCAGUGGCUGUUGGAUAACUAUGAAACGGCAGACGGUGUGAGCCUGCCCAGGAGCUCCCUGUACAACCAUUACCUGCGGCACUGCCAGGAGCACAAGCUAGAUCCAGUGAAUGCAGCCUCGUUUGGCAAACUAAUACGCUCGGUGUUUAUGGGGCUGCGGACACGGCGUCUUGGCACCAGGGGAAAUUCUAAAUAUCACUAUUAUGGCAUACGUCUAAAACCGGAUUCUCCUUUGAACCGACUACAAGAGGACACCCAGUAUAUGGCAAUGAGACAGCAGCCCAUUCAUCAGAAGCAAAGGUAUAGACCUUCACAAAAGAUGGAAGGCAUGCUAGAUAACACUCCAAACAGCAGCCAGCACACUUCUCCAGAGCAGUCCGUAGCUGCCCAGAGCCAGCAUCACCAGCAAUUCAUAGAUAUGUCCCAUGUGUUCCCAGAUUUUCCUGAACCGGAUCUCGGCACUCUACUCUUACCAGAUGGCAUUUCCAUGACAGAUAUAAAGAAUUUGCAACUUAUGUAUCGGCGACACUGUGAGGCAACUAUUGAUGUGGUUAUGAAUCUACAGUUCCAGUACAUUGAGAAGUUAUGGCAGGCAUUUUGGAACUCGAAGCCAACCUCACCAGACGGUUCUACCACGUUGGCAAGUGAUGAGGAACCAGAAGCCAUUAUCCCAAAAGAAAAACUGAUGGUUAUGUGUAAAUACGAACCCAUUAUGAGAUGGAUGAGGAGCUGUGACCACAUCCUAUAUCAAGCCCUUGUAGAAAUUCUUAUCCCAGAUGUUCUACGUCCUGUACCCAGUACGUUGACUCAGGCUAUCAGGAAUUUUGCAAAAAGUCUGGAGGGAUGGCUGACAAAUGCAAUGUGUGACUUUCCUCAUCAGAUUGUUCAGGCAAAGGUUGGUGUUGUUAGUGCAUUUGCUCAAACCUUGCGUCGAUACACAUCCUUAAAUCAUCUAGCGCAAGCAGCCCGUGCUGUCUUGCAGAAUACGUCACAAAUUAAUCAGAUGCUUAGUGAUCUCAAUCGUGUGGACUUUGCUAAUGUUCAGGAACAAGCAUCUUGGGUGUGUCAGUGUGAGGAAGGCAUAGUCCAGAAGCUGGAACAAGAUUUCAAGUUAACUCUUCAGCAACAGAGUUCUUUGGACCAGUGGGCGAGUUGGUUGGAUAAUGUUGUUACCCAAGUCCUGAAGCCACAUGAAGGGAGCCCCAGUUUCCCAAAAGCUGCCAGGCAGUUCCUUCUGAAGUGGUCAUUCUACAGCUCAAUGGUAAUUCGGGACCUCACCUUGCGCAGUGCUGCCAGUUUUGGGUCCUUUCAUCUAAUCAGAUUACUUUAUGAUGAAUACAUGUUCUACUUGGUGGAACACAGAGUUGCUCAAGCAACGGGAGAGACGCCCAUUGCAGUCAUGGGAGAGUUCAGUGAAUUGUCUUCUGUGUUAAUUGAUAAAGAUGACCUCAGCGAUCUUGGAAGUGAUACAGAUGGAGACCUUCGUGCCUCUGGUGAGCCCCCAGUCAAGAGGGAGCGUGUGGAUAUGAACCACUCCAUGCAGGAAAUGUAGAAAAGAAAAGUCAGCGAUGCCUUAUUGCUUCUUAUAAUGGGAUUUCCUCAUUUCUGAGGCAACCUGCCUUCAUGAAAGUAGUGCCUGCUUAACACACACACUGUGUUUUCCUAUUAAGGACCACUUCCACCAUUUUCCUGGCAUUUGCUGUUCAUUUAAAACAUUAAGUAUGGCAUGGAAAAUGUGACAUCACUGACAAUCGCACUGCAGCCAUAUGUGCCCUGAAUCCUACUCAUCUUCUUUAUUGUGCAGAUUUUCUUUUACGCUAAAGUACCUAGGUUGGAGGUAUGUCAAAAGAUGUUUUAAGGUUAUUUUUGAGAUAUGUUAAAAUAAAGAAACCUAGAUAUUGGGGAUUAUAGUUGGAGCCUUGUCGAAAGCCUUGGCACACUGUUAGGUACCUAUUCUACACCACAGCUCUGUUACCUCACUGUGUAUGUAUCCCUGACUUGGGCUGAAUGUAUUUGCCAAAUCAGAUUGUGCUUUAGACUUAACAAGAGUUGGAGUAUGUGUAGAGUGUGUCCAUGACUGGAGAAAGUACUGCUGGGAAAAGUGGUGGUUGUAUAAAAGGUUCCUGAUAAAAUGGCUUGAUCUGGACACUCCCACAUGGGAGUCUUAUGGAGUAAAGCUGGCCAUACAUGUGAGAUAAUGAUCGGCAACGUACAAACGAUCCCACCACCUAAACUGGCCCACCAGGGAGUCCCUUUAUUUUUAUUUUUUUAUUAUAAAAAAAAAAAAAAAACUGACUCCCUGGCGCUUGAACACAAUGGCAAGUGAUCGACUGAAUUCAGCCAAUCAUGCCAUGAACAUGCAGUUUCCAUCGACUAACGGACAAAGUUUUCCAGCAUGGGGGAUUGCAUUUUUGGACACCUUAAGAGUGUACAUGGAUUGUCUUACAUUUGUUCAUGCCUUUCGUAACAGAAAAAUAUAGCAUUGAAACUUUUUUUUUUUUUUUUUAUAUGAACUCUUGUGGUGGUUGAGUAUAUUUUUUUGAAUCAGACCCUGCACAUUUUUGCCAGUUGGUCUAUUAAGAAUUUAAUGUCCAGUGGAACCCCCAUAAUUGUUCUGUCCGGAGUUUGAAUACCAAAGCAUCCUGCAGGCAAACCACAAGGAUUUGCCUUUAUUUGUGACAUACGAUUAUGCUCUGAAAUUGGGCAGACCCUUUUUGUCUUGGCUCUUGUGCCUUCAGAAUCCAGUUGAGGAAUUCUGGAUUAUUUUUAUUUUUUUCCCCUGGUCUCUCUAAAGCUUUAGAUGAGGACUGUUCUCAAGACUCCCUUAACUACUUAGUAUCUGUAACGCGAUAGAUUUGAUCUUGGCCUGUACUCAGUGGCUAUGCUUUCUGGUACCAACAUAAAGUAGCUAUUGAUGCUCAAGAACCAAGAGUUUAGCAAUUCAGUGCCUUAGUAUUUGAUUCUGCCUGACUAACCUCCUUUUUUUACCUUUUUAGCGUUCAUUGCUGGGAUACUUUUUAUUUUAUUUUAUUCAUUUGUAUCUACAGACUGCUGGUUUGUUUGAGCCCCAACUUAAGACUAAUUUCACACUCGCGUUUUGUGAGGAUCCAUCAUGGACUGAUCCAUUCAGAUAAUAGAACUGUCUGCAUCCGUUCAGAACGGACCUGUUUUUUAUUAUCUUUACUGUAGCCAAUACGGAUCAGUCUUGAACACCAUUGAAAGUCAAUGGAGGACGGAUCAGUUUUCUAUUGUGUCAGUGAAAACAGAUCUGUGUGUUACAAACUUACAUUGUGUACCAGGACGGAUCUGUUUGGCUCAGUUUCAUCAGACGGACACCAAAACGCUGCAAGCAGUGUUUUGGUCUCAGUCUCCAAAGCGGAAUGGAGACUUAACUGAUGCAUUCUUAAUGGAUCCUUUUCCAUUUAGAAUGCAAACUGAUCCAUUUUGAACAGCUUGUGAGAGCCCUGACCGACUCUCACAAACUGAAAGCCAAAACGCCAGUGUGAAAGUAGACUGACUUACUAUACAAUUGAUAAAUAUGUGAACGUAUCAAGUGACCACUUUGAAUAAAGGAUAUACCAUGUGUUAGAGAUGGAGGUCACUUGUCUAUCUAUAUAUUGUUUUUCUUUAAAAGUGUUUUCCAGGACCCAGUGGGUCCAAAAAACUGCAUUGAUUACAUGUAAUACACCUGUAAGAGAGUUUGUACAUUCUGACGUCGCGUGGCUCGGCCUCCCAGGAACCCAAUCGCAUGACGCUCCUCUUCUGAAAUGUUAUCUUCUGCCAAAAUUAUGUCAGUUACCAGGUUUCCAGACUGGGCUAUGAAUGGAAUGGAAUUUCCACAGUGGAUGACUUUCCCUCUCAAUGUCCAUUUUCAAAUAUGGUGGAUUCAGGAGUGGGCACAUAUCCCAGGGACAGGUAUAGUACUGGCCUAUCCAUAGUUCUGGCCAGAAACCUGGUAAAGGAUAAGACAUCGGCAGAAAACGGGUUUUCAGAUGAGUGUUCUGUUAUUGGAUUCCAAGAGGCCGAUCCAUGAAUCUUCAGAGCCUUAACGAGACACUGUCAGGCCUUCUGAGCAUAAUUAGAUCUUUAUAUGCCCUCUUAGG